AUGUCAUCAACAUCAGCACGUAUGAGAUCAACAACUCUAGACCGAUCCUUGCAGAAAACGAAAGGCGAUGUUAAUUUGAGCACAUUCGCUUUACUCUUCUCUGAAAUGGUUCAAUACUCACACAAUCGUGCGGAUAGUAUCCAAGAUCUACAGAAUAAGCUGGCCGAUUUUGGAAAACAUGUUGGUGUACGUAUACUUGAUUUAUUCUUUUUACGUAAUGGAAAAGAUAAACGAGAAGUACGUCUUACUCCUAUGCUUGUAUUUAUUCAAAAAACAUUUUGGAAAUUUUUAUUCAAUCGUGAAGCUGAUCAUCUUGAACAACAUGCACAAGAAGCGAAAAUUUAUUACAUCAUCGAACGCGAAUGUUUAGUUAACAAAUUUAUCUCUGUUCCAAAAGACAAAGGUACUUUAAAUUGCGCAUCAUUUGUUGCUGGAAUUGUCGAAGGUAUUCUGUGUACAAGUGGCUUUACAUGUAAAGUUCAUGCACUUCAAGGCCCACGUGGUACAACCUAUGUCAUCGAUUUUGCUCAAUCAGUCAUGGAUCGCGAAAGUCGAUUAGAUGCCAAGUAA